AUGGCUACGCCCGCAGCCUUCUCCCGCCUUCAAUUAGCUGCAGCGCUACUUGAGUAUGACAAUGAUCCAACCAACCCCAACUUGCCCCUGGUCUCCGCACAUGACAGCGCUAUCUUCGCUCAUCUCCGAAGAGGGCAGUCUCGUAAGAGUACUGACUACCUCGGAGUAUCUGUGCCCAGUGAAACAGGCGAUUCUACUCCAGGGCACCGAAGGUCUAGAAGCUCUAUCGACGGACUGAGGAAUCCUUUCGGAGCUGAUGAUGACGAGGAGCUCGAAGACGAGGAAGCUGGCGAGGUAGAUCUUGCUUCAUGGGGCCUCGACGGAUUCAUCAAAGACAAAGCAAAAGCAAAGGGCAAGGCGAAGGCUAAGUCAGAGGUGUUGCCUAACCCUCAUCCGGUAGUGAUGACGUAUCGAAAUGCCCGGAGCGCUAUAGAUGACGGACCUCGGGGAAGAUUGUCCCGCCCAAUCAGUAUGGGGACUAUGGAUGACUUUGGCGUUGGAGGUGCUUUCUUGGACGCUGAGAACACUGCUGGUUCAGACAUUGCUCGUCCUCGAUCUUCGGCUGACUUGGAACGGAUGCAAUCCCCUCAGCGUCCAAUGCCACGUCGCCGUGAAUCUAGCCACGCUCUCAUUGAGACAAUGCCUGUUGUACCUCCUCUUCAUUCUGUUCCGUUCCCGUCUGUCUCAAUUCGAGAUGGUUCUCCCGGUGGAGAAAGACCUGCUUCACGUGCUGACUUACAUACCCGUACUCAAUCCGACACUAGUAUGGGCUCAAAGAACUUCUUGAGCGGCGCAAAUGUUGAUGCGGACGGCAGUCCCUUUUCUGUCCGACCCCCUUCACCUGACCGUGCAUCCCGGUUUGAUCCCAAAGUCAAUCACGGCAGAUCACCGUCUAAUGCAACGAUGGGUACCAUGGCAUCCAAGAAUAUACUUGCGGAGGAGAACCCCUUUGCUGUAAGACCUCCCUCUCCUUCCCGGUUGUCACGAUUCGAUCCCAAAGUUCGUGCGCGAACAAUGUCAGUUGGGUCAAUGGGUACUCGGGUCCUCAUUGAUAAUGACACCGAAGCAGACUCGCACAGGGAUCGACCUUAUUCCACCGUUGAGCUACUUAGGCCAAAGGUUCUGGUUAUGCCAAGCCCAUUGCAAAAUGUGGCUCCUCCCCCUCCUCCCCCUCCCUCCUUUACACCUAGAAUUGGGUUUGAGACAUCUACAGAUGGCCCACCCUUGCCACCAGGUGCUCGCUCUGCGAACCGUUCGUCUACCUCUUUAACGAACUACAUGACUCCCGCGUCAGCACCCAUAGCAUCCAAUUCUUUCACUCCUAAUCCUCGAGCAAGUCUUACGCUGUCUCAACUCGCUUUUCGCAACACACUUGUGGUCGGAGGGCAAAGAGAUAUUGCGUACUCUGAUAUUGACCGUCAUCUUCCUCGAGCGAUGAAAGAUGGUGAACAAGCGAAGUUCGAGGAACCAGAAGAAGAAGAGUCUCCUGUGCCCGUUUCGAUACCCCUCCCUCCUGUUCCUCCUCCCACUGAAGUGGAAGUGAAGCGCCCAGCUGGGAAGCUCUAUGGAAGGAGUUUGAUAGAUAAUCUAGAACAUCGCAAAGCGGAGAUAAAGCAGAAAGCUCGUGUCUUCACUGGUGACGAAAGACCAUCGAUGAUGGUCCGGGGUCAGAUUCGCCGAUCAAGCACUCUCAUAGACCCUCAGACACUUGGUCGUCACCCUUCACAGAAUCUUGACAAUGUGAUUACUCCAAAUCCUCGCAUGUCUCUCUUACGCCGGAACUCCUCUGGCAGCAAGCCUCUCCUGGACAUGGAUGGAGAAAAACCUCCCACGAAUCUUGGUCCAGGGGCAGAGCAGCUCUUGUCUAAAAGUCGCUCGGUGUUUGGUGUGGAUACGCUGUGGGAUCUUGAAAUGGCCAAGUUGAAAAAAAUGGAGGCAGAAGAGAAAGCUGAAGCUGAAGUGCGGAAGAAGCGAGAAGAGGAGGAAGAGGAACAUCGGAGCAAGAAAAAGAAGAAAGGAAAAUUCAAAGGAAAAGGUAGCGCCAUUCCGCUAGAGUCCACUUCACCCGACCUCCCCUCUGGACCACGAGUAGGCUCGACCCCUCCCACUUUGCCUGCCAUCCAGAAGCCAAUUCUUAAGCGCGCACCGCAGGUUGAUGAGAGUGAAACCGACAGCGAUUGUGAUGAUGCUGUGCCAAAGGCAGCUCUCGAAAAAGCGGCUGACCGCUGGGUUUCUGAGUCUUCAGACGAAGAAAAUGAACUCAGACGAACCACUGGGGUUGGGCUACGGUAUUCAUCCCAUACCAACGCAUCUCCUCAGUCUCCACAACUAAAUGGCGAUGACAGCGAAGAAGAUCUUCCUUUGACAGCCGCUGCUCAGCGUGCUGUCAGGCGAGCAUCGCAAUUGGGGCCAUUAGGCUUUGAAGAUGAUUCGGAAGAAGACAUCCCGCUGACAGCAGCAGCAGCUAGGAUUGUCAGACGGACCACCCAGCUUUCGCAUCAUGCAGAUGACGAGGAUGAGGACGAGGAUAAGCCCCUGGUGGAUGUCAUCAACAAGGCCAGAUCUGUCAACUUCGAUGGCCGAUCCCGCGCGGAUGAAGAUGAGGACGAGCGGCCGCUUGGUCUAAGGGCCUCUAGAUUACCACUGGCCUCUCAGACAUCGUUGCCUUUCAUUGGCGGUGAAGAAGAUGAUGACAAGCCACUGGCUUUCCAUCCUGAGCAACAACGUCGAACACAGUACCAGAUGUUCGCCCAAGCUCAGCAGCAACAACAAAUGAUGAUGCAAGCUCAAAUACAGAACAACAUGUUUUUCAACCCCGCCAUGAUGGGAUCCGGCAUUUUCACACCUAUGGCUGUCCCUUCAAUGAUGAUGGGUGUACCAAUGGCUCCCCCUUCACCUCCCCCAGCGCACGAUGCAGGCAAGUAUGGUCGUGUGGACAGGUGGCGACGUGAUGUUGCUGUGGAGGGUGAGUGA